CCCACGGUCCCGCCCUGUCCUCCUCAGCGGAACCCAAGCUGGUUCAGCUGACGCCGCACUCCACGUGACGCUAGAGCCGAGUGAACAUGGCGUCCACCGCGCGCCCUUCCUUUUCCCUGGGGAACGAGACCCUGAAGGUGCCGCUGGCACUGUUCGCCCUGAACAGGCAGCGCCUGUGCGAGAGGCUGAGGAAGAACGCAGCUGUGCAGGCCGCCUCUGUUGUUGUGCUGCAGGGAGGGGAAGAGAUGCAACGCUACUGCACCGAUACCUCCAUCAUCUUCCGCCAGGAGUCCUUCUUCCAUUGGGCCUUCGGUGUCGUCGAGUCAGGCUGCUAUGGUGUCAUCGACGUGGACACUGGGAAGUCAACCCUGUUUGUGCCCAGGCUUCCUCCCAGCUAUGCCACCUGGAUGGGAAAAAUCCAUUCCAAGGAGCAUUUCAAGGAGAAGUAUGCUGUGGAUGAUGUCCAGUACACGGAUGAGAUUGCCAGUGUCCUGACCUCACGGGGCCCUUCCGUCCUCCUCACUUUGCGUGGUGUCAACACGGACAGUGGCAGCGUCUGCCGGGAGGCCUCCUUCGAGGGCAUCAGCAAGUUCAAUGUCAACAACACGAUUCUUCACCCAGAGAUCGUGGAAUGCCGAGUCUUCAAGACCGACAUGGAGCUAGAGGUUUUGCGCUACACAAAUCGGAUCUCCAGCGAGGCCCACUGUGAGGUAAUGAAGGCUGUGCGAGUGGGGAUGAAGGAGUACGAGAUGGAAAGCCUAUUCCAGCACUAUUGUUACUCUCGGGGUGGCAUGCGUCACACCUCCUACACCUGUAUCUGCUGCAGCGGUGAGAACGCGGCAGUGCUGCACUAUGGCCAUGCCGGGGCCCCCAAUGACCGGACCAUCAAGGAUGGAGAUAUUUGCCUGUUCGACAUGGGCGGAGAGUACUACUGCUUCGCUUCUGACAUCACCUGCUCCUUCCCCGCCAAUGGCAAGUUCACAGAGGACCAGAAGGCCAUCUACGAGGCAGUGCUCAGGAGCUGCAGAGCUGUCAUGAGCACAAUGAAGCCAGGUGUCUGGUGGCCGGAUAUGCACCGGCUGGCUGACCGUAUCCACCUGGAGGAACUGACACGCAUCGGUCUCUUGAGUGGCAGUGUGGAUGCCAUGCUGCAGGUCCACCUGGGAGCCGUGUUCAUGCCACAUGGGCUAGGCCACUUCCUGGGCCUCGACGUGCACGAUGUGGGAGGCUACCCAGAGGGUGUGGAGCGCAUCGAUGAGCCUGGCUUGCGGAGCCUGCGCACGGCGAGGCAUCUGGAAGCAGGCAUGGUGCUGACUGUGGAGCCAGGCAUCUACUUCAUCGACCACCUCUUGGACCAGGCCCUGGCAGACCCGGCCCAAGCCUGCUUCUUCAACCAGGAGGUCCUACGGCGCUUUCGCAACUUUGGUGGGGUCCGUAUCGAGGAGGACGUCGCGGUGACUGACAGUGGCAUGGAGCUGCUGACCUGUGUGCCCAGGACCGUGGAGGAAAUUGAAGCAUGUAUGGCAGGCCGCGACAAGGCCUUCACACCCUCCUCUGGCCCAGAGUAGAGCAGCUCAGUAAGACAGAGCCC